CUGAUGUUACAACAGCAGUUGCUGACACAACUACAGUGGCUGAAGCAACUACGGCAGAUACUACAGCAGCUGAUGCUACAACUACAGUGGCUGACACAACUGCAGCUGAUGCUACAACAACAGUUGCUGAUGCAACAACGGCUGAUGUUACAACAGCAGUUGCUGACACAACUACAGUGGCUGACGCAACUACGGCAGAUUCUACAGCAGCUGAUGCUACAACUACAGUGGCUGACACAACUGCAGCUGAUGCUACAACAACAGUUGCUGAUGCAACAACGGCUGAUGUUACAACAGCAGUUGCUGACACAACUACAGUGGCUGACGCAACUACGGCAGAUUCUACAGCAGCUGAUGUUACAAGUACAGUGGCUGACACAACUACAGCUGAUGCUACAACAACAGUUGCUGAUGCAACAACGGCUGAUGUUACAACAACAGUAGCUGACACAACUACAGUGGCUGACGCAACUACGGCAGAUACUACAGCAGCUGAUGCUACAACUACAGUGGCUGACACAACUGCAGCUGAUGCUACAACAACAGUUGCUGAUGCAACAACGGCUGAUGUUACAACAGCAGUUGCUGACACAACUACAGUGGCUGACGCAACUACAGCAGAUUCUACAGCAGCUGAUGCUACAAGUACAGUGGCUGACACAACUACAGCUGAUGCUACAACAAC